AUGCAGGCCCAGAACUUGCUCCUGCUCCCCAUGGCCUUUCUCCUAUUCCGCGGGGCUUGGGCUGGUGAGAUCAUUGGAGGAAAAAAUGCCAAGUCCCACUCCAGACCCUACAUGGCCUAUCUGCAAAUACGAGAUGGACAGUAUAUAAAAAUAUGUGGAGGGUUCCUGGUGUCGAAGAACUUCGUGCUGACGGCCGCUCACUGCAAGGGAGACAAGAUCACUGUCAAGCUGGGAGCCCAUAACAUUAGGGAACAGGAACAGAGCCAACAAGAGAUCCCUGUCCGUCGCCAGAUCCUCCACCCACAAUAUGACAAUGAGACCACUAACAAUGACAUCAUGCUGCUGCAGCUAGCAGAGACAGUGAAGCUGAAUAAAUGGGUGAAAACCAUCCCCCUGCCACGCACCAACAAGAGAGUGAAGCCAGGGACCAAAUGCAGUGUCGCUGGCUGGGGCCGCACCAGCAGACAGAGUAAAUCGGCCCCAGCCACCACACUCCAGGAGGCGAAUUUGAAGGUGCUGAAGGAUGACGUGUGUCUGAAGAAUCCUGAUGUGACCUACUAUGACUAUGAUGCUUCCACCAUGAUGUGUGUGGGCGAUCUGAAGAAGGGCAAAGCCUCUUUUAUGGGAGACUCUGGGGGCCCCCUGGUGUGUGGGAAAAGAGCCCAGGGCAUCGUUUCCUGGGGAUCCCAAAAGAGCGCCUCCCCUGGAGUGUACACAAGAGUCUCCACUUUCAUCCCCUGGAUAGAGAAGAUGAUGAGGAUGCUGGAGCCCUGAGCAGAGCCGGGAAUCACUGCACAGGCCAGAGCUGCCCCACUUCUGUCCAUUGGAGAGACCAAAAGACGUAGGGCUGCUUUGCAGAGGGGUGGAGCCCCGCUAGGCUGAGCCCCCUCCCCCAGCCUUUGUUACCCUCAGGCAGCCCCCAACC